CAAUUAUUAAAACGCCGAGCCCUCUCCGCUCUCCUCUAUAACAUCUCCAUCUUCUUCUCUUCCCAGAACCAUCCUUCUUUUUCUCUCCAAACUCGAAAGAGAAAAUAAGAAACGUCCGUCAAAAACCCUAAGAUCUUUUCAUGGACCGCGGUUCUUUCUCUUCGUCAUCUUCUUCCUCAUCUGAUCUUGAAGCGGGGUUUUCCGGGAGUACUGCUCCUUGCGUUAUCUAUCCCUCCUAUUUUGGUAACAAUAAUAGAAGAAGAGAGAGCUACAGAGCCAUGAUGGGAUCCCCAAGGUCGAGGUUAUACUGCGACCGUCUCUCCGACGAUGAGCCCCACCACUUCCUCGACUCCUGCUUUCUCUGCAAGAAGCCCCUCUUCGGCAACUGCGACAUCUUUAUGUACAGAGGGGACACGCCGUUCUGCAGCGAGGAGUGCAGGCAAGAGCAGAUCGAGAUGGACGAGGCCAUGGAGAAGAAGUGGAAGGUGUCCUUCGAGGCUUCUUCCAGAAAAGAGAAGCAGGCGCAGAACCAGAAGUCCAACGCCGCCAGCCCUCCCAAGGCCCAGAAGUUCCACGUCCACGCUGGAACCGUCGUCGCUAGUUAACACUUUCAAGUUUCAACACAACGUGAAUACAAGGAUUGAGAAAAGAAAAGAAAAAUAUGCAAAGAACCCAGAAGAGCAUAAGUCUUUCAUCCUAUUGAUAUGGCGUGAUGUGUUUUUUUUUUCCCUUUUUUGAUGUAAAUUUGGGUAUUGGAGGGGAGAGGUUUGUGUUCUGGGUGUUUGUGAAGUUUAAUAUCUUGGGACUUCAGAAGGAAAUUAUGAGGUUUUAGCACGCUGUUUUCCUUUUUUUUUGGAGUUCUGGAUGUUUGUCACGUUUAAUAUCUUGGGACUGAAGAAGGAAAUUAUGAGGCGGCUUGUAGCAUGCUGUUUUCGUUUCUGGAGUUCAUUGGUAGCGGGCGCCUGGGUUUUUCCUUUUUCUUUCUUUUUUUUGGUAUCAGCCGCUGAAAUGAUCGAGCUUUCGAAUUCGAUGUGGAUUUUGUGGAAAAAUGACAAUUUAUAAGAGAAAUAUGAUGGCAACCGUGUGGUUUAAUUAUGCCCGACUUCACUAAAAGUGACCGGGGAUUAAUUAAUUCCAGAUCUAGAGAGAUCUGGAUUCCGACAUUUUGUGGAGAGGAUUUGGGAGCUGGAGGUGGUUUGUUCCGGCUUUGGGAUCCGAAUUAACGAGUGUUUUGCACCAUGUAGAGGCCGGUUCUUUUUUUUUGAAGUUGGAACAGGAUGGUUGCAUCCAUUAUUGGGCACAAAAUGGGGGACAGCUAAUGGAGAAAUUAUUAUGUGGACCAGAUCCAUCAUGGACCAGUCUAAUCUGGAAGCGGCACAGCGCAUGUAAUAGUAAUCACUUUUCCUUUUUUUUUUUCUUUUCUUUUUAUGCGCAAUAGAAACACAGGUUAGGAUGAAUUUAAUCUCUUUUUUCUUUUUGUUUCUCCUUCGUAGGUGCAGGAGCAACUGAAUUUAUUAGUAGUGGUUCAUGGUGGAUCUCAUCCAAGUAAGCUAAUAUGGCAGGAUGUAUGUUGUAAUGAUCCCUUUGAUAUGAAAAUCCAUCAGACUGUGCUCUUA